CGCCCACGAAUCUUAUCAACUUUUCAUCUGAAUUUGUUGAUUAUGACGUUCAUCCUAUACAAAAUAGUGACGUUGUGAACCACUCUUGCACUACUCCCGCGAUGUGUGUUCGAGACGAGUCAAUUGCCAGCGAGAAGAAAUAUCUAGAAAUUUCAACAGAAAAGUGCAACUCGUCUUCUAUCAGUCCACUUUCAGUCACGUUCAAUUCUUCAAAUUCUUUUCUCUCAACGCCCAUAGAAACAGUCCCAUCACAACAGGAUGUAGGAGAUUCAGUUUCUUUUCCUAGGAACCAUGAUCAUGAGGCUAUUCCUACCGUAUUACUCAUCACUAGCAAUACCAAGGCAAUCACCACAUCUGAUGUGAUGACGCUGUCGGGACCACAAGCUUCAUUGCAACCUCAAUGCUCAACUUCGCAUGAUGAACCCAUUAUUUACUUCCCAGUUUCCAAACCUCAAUGUUCAACAUCUCACAAUAAUGAACCCAUUAAUCACUCCAAUACUUUGGAAUCUCAAUGCUCAACUUCUCGUGAUGAGCACAUUAUUUACUUCCCAGUUUCCAAACCUCAAUGUUCAACAUCUCACAAUAAUGAACCCAAUAAUCACUCCAAUGCUUUGGAAUCUCAAUGUUCAACAUCUCAUGAUGAGCACAUUAAGUUCUCCAAAGCUUCAGAACCUCAAUGUCUAACUACCUAUGGCCAACCUGUUACGUAUUCCACAGCUGGUGCCUCAGUGACCAAUACUUUAGUGUACUAUAGCGCUGCUCAUCAGCCUCAGGAGCAGAGCACUGACCACAAACACCCGGCACCUAAAGGAAGUUCCUUAACUGAUUCAUCUGUAUUCUGUAGCAAUGGCAAUUCAGACUUCCUUCUUGCAUCUUCUUCAAACAAAAAUGUAAACGUUGAGGACAAGCUAAGUACGACGUCUCUUGUCGGAAGCUACAUUGAGACACUAGAAGCUAUACAGCCAAGCAUAGACUGCAUCUCAAAUAAUCCCAUCAAAACUUCAAUGGCUUUGGAUGCUUCAAGUGCCAGAACCGAAUUAUGUUCUGGUUUGGGAAUGUUAGCUCGUCCAACAGCAAUGAACACUCAGGUCACUAACGACAAGCCUCAUGCUCAAAAGUCAGAGGCAGCCGUGCGCCCGAGACUGAACAGUUCACAGACGCGCCGCCGCCGCAGCGAGUGCGAGGAGAGCGUGAGCGGCGCGUGCACCCGCCACGAGGUACACAGCGUCACUGACAGGACAGUGCAGAGCAGAGCCUGGGAGAGUCUGCCGUCGUCUUACUUAACCAUCAGGAAAAUAGGCUUUACUACUUCUGAAUGUUACGGCGUGUUCUGCAAGCGUCGGCUGCAGCUACACACGCUGUUCAGGCCUCUGCAAGGCAUCGCACGUGACCACGCUCCUGAUAAGUCAUCAGGCACUGCUGAUAAUACCCUGAUACUGGCAGAUAUAAAUGGUUUUUCAAUAAAGGAUCAGCAAGAUAAUGAACAACAGUAUGACACUAAACAGUUAAUAUGGCCUUUCACUGACUCCUCAAACCAUUUGAAGUUCUUGGAUACUUCGGACCUCGGUAAGAUAAAAUUGUAUUGUAUAUAUUUUAUAUAUAUAACCCACCAGACAACCUACGUCAAUAUAAUCCGCUCCACAUCAGUCCAGUCCACUCCCGCUUCCUUCAGCAUUCGCUUCCUGUACAAAACAGUCUUCCUCUUACGCCCUUUCAUCUUCCCGAAACCUUCCAACCUCUCAUACCAUCCUAGCACCAUCGCUUUCUCAGGACCCUCCUCCCGUACUGGCAGGAACACCACCCUCAUCAUCGUCCUCCAAACCCUCGACGGCGCCAGCACGCCGUCGAUCACCGUCUCGCGCUGCCAGACGCCCGCGAGACCGAUCCAAGCAGUCGCGGUGCGCCUCCAGCUCCACCGGCUGCUUACAGUCUGCAACAUUUAUGUCCCUCCCCGGUACCCUCUGUCCAUAUAUGAUCUCGUACAGCUUAGCCGCCAACUUCCGCCCCCUUACCUGAUCAUUGGGGACUUUAACGCCAGAAACCCAAUAUGGGGAGAUACAAACACCAAUCAACAUGGAGACAUCGUUGAGCAAUUUUUAGUGGAGGCUGACCUUUGCCUUCUCAACACAGGAGCCAAGACACGAUUCUGCACCCAAUCGGGAGAAUCAUCGGCGCUGGAUCUGUCCUUCUGCUCCCCCGAUAUCGUGCUGGAUUUGAGCUGUCGCAAACCUCCCAACACCACAGCAGUCACUCUCUCCUCAAACCAUCUCUUCUGUCCAUCUCUCACCCACACCUCUAAAGCCUCACCCCUCAACACCACAGCCGACUUCCUCCCAUGUACCACCACCACUCUUUCCUCAUCCUCUCCCAGCCACAACACACCCUCAUCAUCCGCACUUAUUUCACUCAACAACACAAUCUCCCACCCUUUCCUCACAAUCUUCUCUAGCACUCUCUUCAAACGCCUCCUAUUAUGCUCUCUCAUUGACAAUCUCUGCACAUUCCACGUCACAAUCACUCUCUCAAUCACUCUCUCCCUUCCCUGCCUCCCCCCCACAACCUCAUCCUCUCCCCCUCGAUCCCCCUCCUCCUCCUCCGACCCUCGUGCCGCCUUUCCCUCCUCUCCUCUCUUCGCCUCUCCCCCACUCCCCUCCGCCCCCUCCAGUUCCUCGGCCCAGGGUGCGGGUGAAUGGACCGGAGUCCAAUCACCCUAA